AGGGCUCUAUGCGCGUCACAAAGCCGCGGUAACAAUCGUUUUGAGGAGUCUUUUAUUCACGUAAUCUUGCGAAUAUUGCCAUUUAGCUACAUCUGCAGUGAAGGAGUAUAGCUAGAUUUCAGAUUGCAGUGCGAAUAAUAAUUAUAGGGAUGGCGACAAAGCAGCACUGUGUGUUUGUUUGUGCGGCGUUCUUUACUUUAGCGACGCACAUUGCAACCGCGAAUUACACCGCGGACUGGGCAGUCGAGAUUAAUGAGGGAGGAGAAGGAAUGGCUCAUACAAUAGCACGUUUAUACGGUUUUCGUAAUCUUGGCAAGAUUGGCGGUCUAGAGAAUGUGUAUCAUUUCGAGAAAAUUAGUCCACUAAAUGAUACUCAAAGAGCUGAGAGUGAUUUGGGGAGACAUCUUUGCAGUGAGCCCUCCGUUGUUUUAGCAGAGCAGCAAUUUCAGGAAGAGCGAGAAGUAAAGUCACUACCAAGUUCUAGUGGUAUCCAUCAGCCUGAAGGAAGUCAUAAUUUCAGCGUGAGUAUUGAGAGGGCCUGGAACCAAAGUCUGAGUGGCUGUAACGUUUCCGUUGCUGUUGUUGAUGAUCUGAUUGAAGUGAAUCACACUGACCUAAGGAGUAACUUUGCUCCGAACAUUUCAUAUGACGCUUUUCAUCGGAUGGGUCUUGUAUAUGAACGUGAACAACGAUAUACAAAACAAGGGACCACAUGUAGUCGCAUUAUUGCAUCAUCAUCACCAAUGGCCAAUGAAAGUUGUGUUUUGGGAAUUGCAUACAAAUCCAAUUUUGGAGCUCUACGAAUAUUUGGAUAUGAUAAGGAGAAUACCAAACGUUAUGCAACAGACAUUACUGAAGCAAUCGCUCUUUCAUAUAAAAGAGAGAUCAUUGAUAUAUACAGCAACUGUUGGGGAGCACCUGACACAGGAGCGGACGUCAGUGGUCCAAAAACUAUCACUAGAAGGAUUUUAGCUGACGGAGUAACUGAGGGCCGAGAUGGAAAGGGUUCAAUAUUUGUGUGGGCUAAUGGAAAUGGAGGACCUAACGAUGACUGUGCUGCUGAUGGCUAUGCCUCUAGUCCAUACACCAUAUCUGUCGGAGCUAUUAGAGGGGAUGGGAGGCCUAGUGAAUAUGAUGAGCCAUGUUCUGCCAAAUUAACUGUGGCUCCAGUGACAAAUGGAAUAAUGAGAAACACAGCUACAGAUGAAACUGAGUGUGACAUCGUUCUUAAUGGGACAAGUGCAGCGGCAUCUAUGGUGUCUGGAAUAAUCGCUCUGGCGCUAGAAGCAAACCCAAGUCUGACAUGGAGAGAUGUCCAGUACCUGAUAGUGUACACAGCUAAUCCAAAUCUGACAAACGAUACUGAUAAUCUGACAUGGAAUGGAGCUGGUCGGGCAGUGAGUCGUCAGUAUGGGUUUGGAGUCAUGGAUGCUGAGGCCAUGGUCACCAGAGCUAGACACUGGAUCAAUGUACCUCCUCAAUUAAUAGACCCCGCGUGUAUGCCACCAAAUCAAUCAGGAAAGGCAAGCAAAAGUGCUCCAUUUUCAACCACACUGAACUACACUGGAAAAAUUUCCUAUUUGGAACAUGUUGUUGUUGUGAUUUCUAUAUCUGCUGAUCCAAGGGGAGACAUACAAAUUUACCUUGAAUCACCUGCUGGUACUAAUGUAACGCUACUGCAAAACCGACCAAACGAUACGGAAGCAGGAAAGUACAACAAAUGGCCUUUCAUGUCAGUCAUGUUCUGGGGAGAGAAUCCAAAUGGGAAUUGGACACUGACAAUAAGUAACAGGAAUAGCGCAGUUGAAGCUAAUAUUACUGUUGAAAAGUUCGAAUUUCAUGGAGUAUUGUACACACCAAUGGUGAUAACAAGGAUCCCGAAACAUGAUUGUGAGAGAGCUUGUGCAGCAGAGGGCUUUGAAUAUUGCGACUCAUGUAAAAAUUUUCGUAAUGCUCACACACGUGAGUGCAUCGAUACGUGUCCACCGGGAUACUACAAACUUGACUACUGCUAUAAUGAUGAAAGUGAACCCAUUGAAGAAUGUGAAUCGCCACUCAAAUAUAAGAUUGAAGAUGAAUGUAAUAUUAAUAAUGGUGGCUGCGAACAAGAUUGCACAUAUGCAUACACUUCACGCAAAUGCAGCUGUGAAAAUGGAUAUAUGUUGGAUGCAAACAGAAAGAACUGUUCAGGUUACAGUACUUAAUACAGUUCUGUUUAGGGUUCUUGUUAUCGUUAACUCACUGCAGAUAUUGAUGAAUGUAAGGGGGACGAUAAUGGCUGCAAGGGAGAGUGUAAUGACACUAAUGGUACCUACCAAUGUUCUGAAUUCAAUGGAAUGCCAUGCAAGGAUGGCUACAAGUUAAUACCAGAUCCCUUAAAGAUAAAAAGAGAGUGUAGAGAUAUUAAAGAGUGUGACACAGACAAUGGUGGGUGUCAGCACCUCUGCUGGGAGUUGCCAGGAUCCUUCCAGUGUGACUGCUAUCCAGGCUAUACCCUGGAUAGCAAUAAUCUUACUUGCACAGAUGUGGAUGCAACAAAUACAACCCAUGGCUGUCAGGAUAUUGGCAACAGUACAAAGGGCACUUACGAACGUAGCUGCAGUGAUGGCUAUUUGUUGAAUGCAGACAGGCGAACAUGCACAGCAAUAGACAACUACUGUGAAUAUGAAACACCCCUCUUUACACCAAUGAGCUUUAUUCCCCUUGUGAUGAAACCAAGUAAAAUUGAAGGAGACGACAAACAUUUCUCCCAAAAUUGAUUUUCCUUAUUUUCGCGUUGGAUGCAAAAACUUCACCAGCGUUUAUGUUGGGACAAACGGGUACUUUACGUUUGGCAAUUUUACUGGGUUCAAACCGUUUCGAUUCGCUCAAGGAAACGGACUCUCGCUGGUGGCCCCGUUUUUCACUGAUAUAGCGGAUACGACAGAUGCAAGUGGAACAAUCAAAUACGAGUUUCACGACAAUUCAACAUUUGAGGUAGCAAAGAGUGUCAAUGGAAUAAUCAGAAGAGAAAAAGACCCGUACUUUUGUGGGAAACGGUUUUUGAUUGCAAGUUGGGAAGAGGUUUCUCCUUAUAGCAACACCCGAUGUUAAAAUCACAUUCCAGGGUAUUUUGGCCACAGACCUACGCAAAACAUUUGCAAUUUUCACCUACAAGUGCGAUGGCAAUAGUUUCCCUGAUAAAGCUACUGUUGGGUAUGUUAUUGAGGAUGGGAUGGCCUCCAACCACAAGGCUACAUUGCAAGACAACCCACACAAAGUUAUUUGCAAUUGUACUACUGAGGAGUACGUGAAUAUUGUGUUGGACAUUUCAGAAUGUAAUCCUCCAUUUGAUGCUUGCAAGCAAGAGUGCGAUGAUACAUAGGUAGAUGUACUUUUACCAUUUCUAUCAUAAGAAUUGUGCUGCUACAGUGUCUUGAAAUAUUAAGUACUCACCGGUCC